ACGAAAAGCUUUUCAAAAAUGAAUGGCAAAAGACAUUUCGAAAAUACGGAUGAUGUACAGUCCAAAAAGGCAAAAUCAACUGACAGCCGCUCAAAAAAUCAUAUUUCUCUUGAAUAUAAUCCAACACUGAACGACGAGUAUAAUUUUAAUGACGCAUCAUCACAUGGCGGGCCAACAUUUCGCGCCAUUGAAGAAGAUGACGAAUCUCUUUCAUUUGACUACGGGAUCGACUGUCUUGAUGAUUUUGACGAUGCAAAUCGUCAACCCGUAGCAGGUUGCAUGGACUGGAUUCAACAACAUAUUUUUCUUGGUACAGAUCCCAAACUCAUUUUACAAAGUUUGCUACCAUCCAGUGUUACGCUGCCAGAAAAUAUGGAUGCGUUGAUGAUGUGGAAACUCAUACUUGACAUGCUUACUGAUCCAAAACCUCGGGAAAAAUUGCCCCACAUAAAUACCUUAGAUCAUGCCAUACAUCUUUUGGCAACUAGAAAAAACAUCUUGGUUUUGACUGGUGCUGGGGUGUCAGUGUCAUGUGGCAUUCCAGAUUUCAGAUCCCGUAAUGGAAUCUAUGCAAGACUAAGUGAGGAAUACCCAGAUUUACCUGACCCUCAGGCCAUGUUUGAUAUUAAUUACUUUCGAUGCAAUACACAUCCAUUCUACAAGUUUGCUAGGGAAAUAUAUCCGGGAAAAUUCAAGCCAUCAUUAAGUCAUAGAUUUAUCAAACAACUUGAAAGGAAUGACAUACUAUUAAGAAACUACACACAAAAUAUUGACACGUUGGAAAGGGAGGCAGGAAUAUGUCGUGUCAUCGAAUGUCAUGGCUCCUUUUCAACAGCAUCAUGCACAAAUUGUCAUCACAAAGUUACAUCUAAUGACAUUCGUGAGGAUAUAUUAAACCAGGUGACCCCUCUGUGUUCAAAAUGUCCAGUUUUAGAAGAUACUCUUUCUGUAAUGAAGCCAGAUAUUGUGUUUUUUGGUGAAAGUUUGCCCAAAGUGUUUCACGAUCACGUAGAGAAAGAUAUAAAACAGGUAGACUUACUUAUUGUGAUUGGCUCGUCACUCAAAGUCCGCCCUGUUAAUUUGAUACCAAAUCAAAUACCAGCUGAAGUACCUCAGAUAUUAAUCAACCGCGAACCUUUGCCACACAUGAACUUUGACAUUGAACUCCUCGGUAACUGUGAUGCAAUUAUUGCACACUUAUGCAAAGAACUUGGUGGUGAUUGGUGUGAUGUGUUGGAAGGAUUUGAAGUACCAACCCUUUCGCAAGAUGUUUUAUUGUCUUUCUCUUCAAAGUGUAUAAAAUCACAGCAAGAUGCAUUAAAAUCAAAGAACAAUGAACAGCAAAAUGCAGGAAAAUUAAAGAACAGUGAAAAGCAAGAUGUAGGAAAAUCAAAGAACAAUGAACAGCAAGAUGUAGGAAAAUUAAAGAACAUAGAACAGCAAAAUGCAGGAAAAUUAAAGAACAGCGAACAGCUAGAUGUAGGAAAAUUAAAGAACAGUGAACAGCUAGAUGUAGGAAAAUCAAAGAACAGAGAACAGCAAGUGGAUGGUUCAUUAAAUUCUGAGAUUGAAAGCAGUUCUCUAUCAAUUCCACAUAAAAAGGAAAAUAAAGAAAUAACUUUCAUCUUUCACCCUCCAAGUCGUUAUAUUUUCCAUGGAGCUGAUAUUGGACAAUGUCAAUUAUCAGAUGACAAUGAUGAAGAUCCUACUUCAACAGAAACAUUAAGUCGGGACUAUGAAAAAUCUGACGGGAAUUGCACGAAGGUCUUUGAGAAAGACAAUGCAAGUGAUGAUAAAAAUAUCAACACACUUACUGCAAUGCGGGGGUAGUUUCCAAAUCUUCAAAAUUGUUUUCAAACUUUUCUACUGAUGAGUAAUAUAGCAGUGUGUUAGGAAAUCCUCCAGGCAUUGGACAUCUUAUGAAGUAUCAUGAAUAUUAAACAAUGUGUGUUAUCAUUUAAAACAGAUAUUGUGCAUAGCUGAUGGCAAAUUAGCAACAGUCUUAAGUUAUGGAAAUUCCUACUUGACCAUGUAAAUACUUAACAUUUUCAUGUUAUCUUAACAAUUUUGUACGAAAAGCAUUUCCCAAACAAAAUAUUUUGUGCAAUUAGAAGCACCAUCAAUGCA